UCUAGCGCCAUAGAGUCAUAGUCCCAGAUGAAAGAAACAAGAGGGAAUUAAAAGCGUACCACGUUUUCACACUGAUCUGUUUCAAUCUAGAGCCAAAAGGAGAAAUGGAUACACGGCAGCUUCAAUAUGUUUUCAUGCUUUUUUGCACUCUGGUGCAAAUCCACCAGGGAGCGUCUCGUGGCAAGGAAGAGGAGCAGCAGUUAUUGCAAGACUGGCAGGGGCUAGAUAAAUCACUGGAGUCGACUCUGCUCUGGCCUAUUGCAACCCUUGUGAAAAGAUCUAAACCCUAUCGCUUCUAUGGACUCAUGGGGAAACGCUCAGGAAACAAAGACCUAUUAGUGAGCCAGUUGAGGGGAAACAUCCCCAGGGAAUCUGCAUCUCGAAGGGCCCUGUCGGCGCCGAUCGCAUUGACACACAUUUUAGAGAAACCACACAAGCAGGGUUUACCAAAAGUAUGGGUACAACUCCUGUACCGCUGGGAAGGAGCCAGGAAAAAGUAAUUAUGACCUAUACAAUGUUACGCCAACCAAAGACGAUGACACAGUGCUUGCAUCGUUCUCCUCUGCUCUCUUCAGUUUCAAAUCACAGUAAUGAUUAUUUAUCUUUUGCUUAAUAAGUCAAGUGAAAUAAAAAAAAAAAAUUCUAUAACUGCUCCCUAAUGUAGGUAUGUAUCGUUUUGUAUGGGCAAAACAUUCAUGUGAUCAACUGUCAUUUAACAUUCAAAAUUCAACUUGGGAUUCUAAACAUUUUGAUUUGACUGAAACAUACGGACAAAAAGGGUCCAAUAAAAAAGUUAAAAAAAAAAAAAAAAAAAAAAAAACAACAACAAAGAAGGAUGCUCUGCUCUUUACUGACAGUUAGGAGGUCGAGGCUACUUGCGGCUGGCGAGGCUGAAGGUGAGUUUAUCGAGUAGCCUGAGGACCUGAGUGCUUAAGUCCCCUUGGGAGGGGUCCAUUUCAGUGAGCUGGGGUCAAUGGUUUUGUUGCCGUUGCCUCUCUUGACCUCCUUUGCUUUCCACUCAUCAAUCAGAUCCUGUUAGGAGGAAAGACAAACUAAGUAGCUUGCUGGUGUAUGCAGAGCGUCAGUUUCAAUUUUUAUCAAGAGGCACAACUAUGGGAGGAUGUGUUAGUUUGCAUUAGCAGAGCAUGAGCUGAAAGGAAUAAAAUCAUGAAGUGGCAUGCUUAAGUAAACCUCACAGGCACAUGUUAAAACUGGUCUACAGACUAGUAGGUUAGAUUAGUUGACUAAAAUGUAAUAAUCAUGACAUGCAUUAACAUUUACACAAUCGCAGGGAUAUGCAAUCUUGAAGUGCAUUAGCAUUAAAACAAUCACUGGGUAUACAGUGAUGAGGUCCCCUGACUACACGAACACACACGACAUGCAAAGGAAUGAAAACAGCCAACAGAGGAAGUUUUCACCUGUCGUUUCAACACCAAGUGCUUCCCCUUCCAGUAUUUGAGCAUCUGAAGAGACUGUAGCGUGCUCACAAUGUCCACGGGAUUGACAGCAGUUUCCUGACUAAUCUCUGUGCAUCAAGUAGACAACACAACUUUAUUCAAAGCCUUUUGCUGAACUGUUUUUUUUUUUCCUUCUUAAAUUACAUGUAGGAUUGUUUUGUUUUCUGUCCUGAACUGUACAUAUGUUUCAGUCUUUCCUGUGUUACCUUUGAUAGAGAUCUCCUUUCCCUGGAAGUUGUGCAUGUAUCGGAGUAACACUUCCUUCCAGUAGCUGCGGUAGCUGAUGAGGCCGAGGUCCGACAGAGGCCUCUCUGGCGAGCCCACCUUCUCCUCCACUUUGGACAGCAGGUAGCCUUAAAAGAAAAGCAGAGAACAGUCAGCGCAGUGACUUUUUGUUGUUAGGAGAACACCUGUGAGAGUAUACAUACUGAAGUCAAUGAGCAUCUUGCCAAAGCCCUGCCUCAUGUACUGGGGCAUUGUCAGAAUGCAGGAAACAUUGUAGUUGAGGAAGGAAUUCUUUUCCUUGAAAGAAAAAGAGAAAUUUGAGCUGGUUUUGUACGUAGAAAAAAAAUCAUGACAGUGAACGUUUCACUUAUUUGUGUUUUUUUCUGUGGAACCUAAUCUUCAGCUAUUUGCUGAAAACUCAAAUUCGUAGCUCUUUGCAUAUUUUUGUUCUAUUUCUAUAAUGCCCUAAGAUGCUACAAGAUGCCACCAAAGAUAAGAAAGUCGUAAUUUGUGUCAAGGACAUAAGACGAAGUGAAUCAUCUUAACUGAGAGACAAAGAUGUUUUGAUGUCAGGGAGGAAUAAAAAUUAGCCCGGGUUGUUGUCAAAGAAAAAGACAGUCUUCACCGCACAUUCAUGUUUUUGCUCUGCUGAGUGGCUAUUAAAAACCUCAAAGUCUUGUUAUUACUUAACAAUUGGAAUUUUAACAGGUUGCCAAGGCAAGAGUGCCCCCUCGCAUAUUUGCGAUUGGAUUGGCUAUCCACAAUUUCACCUAGUCAGAUAUUUUUUUUAUUUUAUUUUUUUAUAAACCUAUUUUCCUGUAUUCAGUGAAAAAAAAAAAAAAAAACACCUAAUACUGUAUAAAAGUAUUGCUUUGACGCCAUCUUGUAGCAUUAACAUGUCAAGGAAUUAUGCUGAAGUGAGGCUCUUGGUUCAGUCUGGUUCUAGUGCUGUCUACCGGAAAAGUAGCGCUUUCCUGCCAUCUUGUGGCAUCUACAAUUACUUGUGGAUAUUUGCUAUUAACGACAGGGCAGGUAACGCUGUAUAAUCGUACAAUUCUCAUGUAUUUUUUAUAAAUCUAAUCAUAUGCAAGACAUUUAUUUUUAGUGGCAAUAUAAUGUGAGUUUAAAUUAUAGCAUUUUAGAAUCGUAGUUUGUGGUAUAUUUACGGUUUAAAAUGAUUAAUGUAGGUCAUUAUAAACAUUGUCGGGGGUCGUCGCUAUUCGUAGCAGGGCUUCUGUACUUACCUUGGAAAAGUAUCCCACUAAAUGGCAGCCUGUGUUGUCGGCCUCAGUCAUGACAUAAAAGAGAAAAGGCUCCACGUCGUAGUACAACGUCUUGUGGUCCAGGAAAAGUUUGGCGAGUAAACACAAGUUCUGGCAGUAGAUCUGUGGAGUAACAAAUCCAUUUAAUCAAUUAGUAAAAUGUCACAGUUGUAUAUUAACCUGCAUGAACCCACCUUAUUUUUCUUGCCGUCAACUUCAAACACAGAUAUGGCACCUUUUCUGUACACUUCAUCUCCGGGAGGAUGCUUCCACACACACUUGGCCUGACACAAACAGUUUAAAUUGUCAACAGCUUAAUAAAAAAAUACAAAUUAAAAAAAGGCAAAAUAUAAUCAGCAGUAAUAUUAGUGAUGAAAUUGGUUUAUGAUUCUGACCAUGUGUCGCCUGAGGAUGGUCUGGCUCUUCAUGUACUUGAGGCAGAAUUCGCACACGUAGAGGCGACCCAGGCGGGCAUACUCCUCGGGAUAGGGUGAGUGGUACCAAGUGUCCAGCUCGUAGCGGCCAAACAGGAUGGUCUUGAUCAUGUUGCUGCCCUCGGUGAUUUGACCCUGGAUGCGCAGCUUCUCCUGCGGGACAAACGACGAUAGGAGGGAAAUAUUAUGGUCAAUUUUGGUGUCUGACAACAUUGGUAUAACAUCCCAGAGGAGGAGCAUCCCCUGCUUAGUUUAGGGAUAGUGUGGCUUUAUGGAUAUUUGAACACAUUAAUGAAUAGCAAUAAUGUAAUAUAUGUAUUUUAUUGUAUUGUAUUUCAACAUACAUAUAUUAAGAUACAUAUUUACAGCCUUGUAGGCAGUUGCUCCUAUUGCUCAAAGCGAAACAUUUAAACAUUCAAAAGGAUAAGCCAACUAUAACUCGAGCCUACUUGUUUGUUGAGAAAUGUGCUAGUGAAUCUCUGUUGAGUCUCUGUGAUUUGUAUAUGUGCCCUAAAGGUACGGCAUAUUUUGUUAUGGUGUCUUUUUUGCCAUUGUUCUAAAAUUAAUACAACUAACCCGAGACAAAUUUCAUGUGCGCUUUAACAUACUUGACCAAUAAAGAUUAUUCUGAAUGCACUGCCGCAGACCUACUGAUUGUGAUAUUUUUAACAAAUGUAAAAUAACAAAAAAUAACAUGUA